AUGGGGGACGACUCAAAUCCGUUGCCGCGAACCAAGGACCUUGGAUCACCAUCCAUCCAAUGUCCGAUGUUAACAUCGACAAACUAUACCGUUUGGUCGAUGCGUAUGAGAAUCACGCUUCGAGUUAGCGAGGUGUGGGAGACUAUUGAUCCUGGAUCCACCGAUCAGAAGAUGAACGACGUUGCAACUGAUCUACUGUUCCAAUCCAUCCCCGAGUCACUCAUCCUGCAGUUGGAGAUCAAGGUUCANGGGGAGGAGACCCGAAGUGAAGACCAAGCAAAACUUAUGUUCUCUAAUUCAAACAAUCAAGGAAACUACGGUGGAUAUCAAGGAAACAGAGGAGGCUAUAACAGAGGAGGUUAUGGUCGAAGAGGAAGCAGUCGAGGAGGAUAUGGUCGUGGUGGAUAUGGUCGAGGUGGUUUUGGUCGUGGUAACUACAGUGGAGAUAAUUCUGGCAGAGGCAGAGGAUGA